CUCUAAACCCAACUUUGUACUAGUUUUCUCUCUCUCUUUCUAUAAAAGAAAAUUAGGGAAUAAGUUUUUGAUAUUUCCAAAGUGAGGAAUAAAUAUGGAUUCUUCCUGGCUUGGCUUCUCUCUUUCCAGCAACACCAACUCCAAACCCGUGCUUGACAUCUCCUCACUUUCUUCUUCCUCCAACCUUUGCCUUUUUGAAGCCUUCACCACCACCUCCACCACCACAACGACAACCGCGAUUCAGGGUGCAACUGAGCUGUCCAUAUUCACCGGUGUCCCAAAAGUCGACAACUUCUUUCUGGGAGUCCCAACUGAAACGGCACCGCAUGGAGUUGGUGAUAAUAUUUACGAGUCAGACCUCAAGACUAUAGCUGCUGGCUUUCUCCGCAACGUCUCUGCUGACCAAAACGGUGCCGGAAAACAAGGAAUACCGGAGACUGCACCCAAGAAAGCUGUGGAUACAUAUGGGCAACGCACUUCCAUCUACCGAGGCGUCACCAGGCAUAGAUGGACGGGUAGAUACGAAGCACAUUUGUGGGAUAACAGCUGCAGAAGACAAGGCCAGACCAGAAAAGGAAGACAGGUCUAUUUGGGUGGGUAUGAUCAGGAAGAAAAAGCUGCAAGAGCUUAUGAUCUUGCAGCUCUCAAGUACUGGGGUACCACCACCACUACUAAUUUUCCAAUCUCUAACUAUGAGAAGGAACUGAAAGAGAUGAAGCACAUGACUAGGCAGGAGUUUGUUGCUUCUCUAAGAAGGAAAAGCAGUGGAUUUUCAAGAGGAGCCUCAAUCUACAGAGGAGUGACAAGGCACCAUCAACACGGUCGAUGGCAGGCAAGAAUAGGAAGAGUAGCAGGAAACAAAGACCUUUAUCUUGGCACAUUCAGCACCCAAGAGGAAGCGGCAGAGGCCUACGACAUUGCAGCAAUCAAAUUCAGAGGACUAAACGCAGUGACCAACUUCGACAUGAGUCGCUACGACGUCAAAAGCAUCGCCAGCAGCAACCUCCCCGUCGGAGGCAUGACAAAUAACUCAUCAUCAGAUGAUUCAGUACCUGCAGAUGGCCAUAUAAAGAGCAAGAACAUAUCGGACGGCCCAGAUCUCUCCUCGGCGUCCUUACCACUAGUAAGCUUUGCAAUGCCAGUGAAACAAGACUUAUCUGAUUAUUAUUGGUCCAACAUCCUUCGAUACCAGAACAAGAACCCUAUAAGCAGCGCUCAGGUUUCGACAUGGAGUUGGUUGGAAGCAGCAACAACAACAAUGUUGGGUUAAUGAAUAAUAUUGUUGGAGGUUGUUACUCUCAUCGACGACAAUAACAACAACUACAUUCAAGUGGUAAAAGUCCAAUCCCUCUCUUCAUACAUUUCAAGCUAUUAAUUCAGAGCCUAGUACUAGUCUCUCGAUCUGCUGCUGCUGUUGUGGUUCAAUUCAGACACCUAUUUUUGGAAUGGAAUAAUGAGAAUCUGUGCAAUUGUUGUUUGUUAA